GCUCGCGCUACCGAACAAUGGUUGUUGCUGUUGUCGCUGCCGACGUCGUUGAAAGCAACAGUAGCAGAAGCGGGGUCAACGAAAGUAGUGGUUCCCCAGUGUCUCCAUCAUUUGUAGGUUCUACACCAGACACUGCUGUGGUUAAUAACAAUUAUACUGAUAAGCACACCACAACAACAAGGGCGGAACAAGAGGCGCUAGAUGACAGUGUUUCACGCCAGCAAACGUCAAGGAAUACUCAAAAGAACCUUUUUCAAAAAAAGGUAAAAAUCAACGCAAGCGACAUUGAUAACAUCAACAAUAACAACAUGACUGAUGCGGCCGAAGCAACGACAACGACGGAAUCGACGGGGUCAAUGGAUGCCAUUCCCACCAAGAGUGCCGUCAGCCAGCGAAACGUGGAUAUCAAGAUAGAAAGGACCAGUAACAUAGAGGCGGUCACCCAACAGUUAACGAAGAAGAUGCUCAAACUAGAUCUUGGCGGCAAGAACCUCGACGAAUACUCACUUAAAUCGCCCAAGUCACCUAUAGCUGCACGAUUGCCGCAUCAAACGUCGAUAACGUCAUCGGUGGAUUUAGAGGACAGGAAGACAUUACGAGAGGCCUUAUACCAGGGAAUAUUUCAUCGGCACCGCCGUACUAUUUUUGCCGUGGGCAGUUUCCUGCGUAUGCUGCGCAGCCGCAACUCACAAUACAAUACUAUCCGCAGCUCUUCGGAAGGCGAGGACAUCGAUGAGCAGCCGAAGCAUCAUCCGCAGAAACCUGAGCAGUCACAAGAGCACCUCCAGCCGCCUGGUUAAGAAGUAACAACCAUAUACGGAACAUUGCCAUUUGAACAACAGGGACAAUCGGAUUUGCUUUAAAUGUCCCUGCUGCUUGAGUUGAAUUUUGCUUACUUACGAAUAUUUUAAAACGUCGUGCAACCUUGAGACUAGCCUAGCCCCCUGUUGUGUUAGCAUGUAGUGAGCCAUAUUAGUUUCGUAUUUAGUAUUAUUGUUGACGGACUGAGGCCAGUCUUCAUCAUCUGCAGAGCACGGAAUCAAUAUUUUUCUAAACUUUGCAGCCUUGUCACGUUCAUUAUUUAAGCAGAUUUAUACAUUUAAGUAAAACAAAGCUGCCCCUGAACGUCUUACUUCUAACGUACUUCAACCAAUUUAAUUGUAUUGAGUUUGCAUUGUUUCAGCGCCCAGCACUGUAAUUAAGCUAAUAAUUUAUGAGAACAUUCCAUUCGUUUGCCUAAAUUGACUUUGAAUUAUGCACUUGAAAGUGAAACGUGAAAGUCCUUUGUAAUCAAAUCUAUUUUGGAGCUAGGCAGAGGGAACCUAACUAUGAUAAUCUGGAAAUUAUGCUCACAAACAACACUCCUACACAUUUACAUUUUCCAAUUGAAUUCCAAUUGAAAUUGAAAUUGUUUUUUUUUUUUCCUUUUAAUACUAGUCAAUAUGCUGAGGACUUAAAAUCUGUUAAAUUUUUCAGAAAUUAUUGCUUAAUGGGCACGAACUAAAUAACCAAAUCUUUGUUAUUAGUACAGUAAAAAAGGUAAAUCACAAAGUGCUGGGCAGCAAUAGUCAUAUCGUAGAUAUCAAUUAUAAGUUAUGUGCCUGUAAUUUGUUAGAUUUUGUUUUUUCACUGCAAUGGGAACAAAACUUAUAAAGCCGCAUUAGAAAAAAUUAGAAAAUGAUGUAUUGUGCGUCAACACCUAAAAUAUAUUUAGCUACUAUAUAAGCUUUAACCAUACGUAUAUGUAUGUAUAUUGAUAUAUUGGAAUGAACAUGUCCUAGUUAUACAACAUAUAUUGUUGUUGUCUCCAUUAACCUAUAAAAUGUAAAUUAUUUUCAGUUGCGAUUCCACGUAGAAACACAGAUUCAUUAAAUAAUGUUAAACAUAUUUUAGAGCUUUUUUGUUGUUCACGGUACCUUAUAUAUAUAACUAAAAUUAUUAUGUAGUGGUUUAAGAUGAUUUUGUACAGGACAAACAUUCAUUAUCAAUUCAUGACAUAAAAGAUUCGCUAGACCAUAACGUUCCGUAGUUUCUCCCCGAUUUCAUGUCGAUUGGAUGAAGAAUAAAAGCUUACAAAUGCUA